AUGGCGACGAUCAAGACCCCCAUCGCUCCGGUUCCGACCGCGAACGACUUCCUCGAUAUUGUUCUCUCCAAGACACAACGAAAGACGCCCACCGUCGUUCAUCCAGGAUGGAAAAUCACACGUAUCCGCUCCUUCUACAUGCGCAAGGUCAUGUUCACCAAGGAUGCUUUUGCAGAGAAGCUUGACGCCAUUCUCAAAGAGUUUCCCAUCAUGGAUAACCUGCAUCCCUUUGUCUCGUCGCUCCUCAACGUCCUCUAUGACAAGAACCACUACAAACUUGCGCUCGGUCAGCUCAACACUGCCAAGCACCUCAUUGAGCAGGUCUCCAAGGACUACAUUCGCCUUAUCAAAUUUGGCGACUCGCUCUAUCGAUGCAAGCAGCUCAAGCGUGCAGCGCUUGGUCGUAUGGCCACCAUCAUGAAGCGUCAGAAGGAUCCUCUUGCCUACCUCGAGCAGGUCCGCCAGCACAUGUCGCGUCUUCCUCCCAUUGAUCCCAGUACGCGUACCCUCCUCAUCUGUGGUUAUCCCAACGUUGGCAAAUCGAGUUUCAUCAAUAAGGUCACCCGAUCCGACGUUGAUGUCAAGCCCUACGCUUUUACCACCAAGUCGCUCUUUGUCGGUCACAUGGACUACAAGUACCUCCGAUGGCAGGUCAUCGAUACUCCGGGAAUCCUUGACCACCCUCUAGAGGAGAUGAACACCAUCGAGAUGCAGUCCAUCACCGCACUCGCACAUCUUCGUGCCGCCGUCCUGUACUUUAUGGAUCUCUCCGAGCAGUGCGGCUACACCGUCGAGGCUCAGGUGCAGCUCUUCAACAGCAUCAAACCUCUGUUUGCCAACAAGCCUUGCGUUCUUGCCAUCAACAAGACCGAUGCUAAGCGCCUUUCCGAUCUCGAGCCCGAGCGCGCCGCUUUAGUCCAAAGCAUCAUCGACGAGUCGGACGGCAAGGUCAAACUUGCCGAGCUGAGCACAUACACCGACGAGGGUGUCAUGGAAACCAGAAAUCUCGCCUGCGAUGUGCUACUCGCAUCGCGUGUAGAGACCAAGAUGAAGGGCAGCAAGAUCAACACUGUUCUCAACCGACUUCACGUUGCUCAGCCCAAGUCGCGCGAUGACGUCGAGCGCUCUGCUUACAUUCCCGAGGCCAUCGCCAACGGUUCGAUCAAGAAGUUCGACCGUAAAGAUCCUGAACGUCGCAAGACACUGCGGGACGAACAGGAGGAGAACGGCGGUGCCGGUGUUUUCAACAUCGACAUUAAGCGCGACUACAUGCUUGCCAACGACGAGUGGAAAUACGACCACAUUCCCGAAAUCUACGAGGGCAAGAACAUUGCCGACUUUGUCGACCCCGAUAUCCUCGACAAACUCGACGCUCUCGAGCGCGAGGAGGAGAAACUCGAAGCCGAAGGUUUCUACGCCGACAGUGGCGAUGAGGAAUCCAUCGUUGACGAAGAGGAGGAGGCAAUUCGCACUGCGGCUGCAGCCAUUCGCGAGCGCCAGCAAAAGGCCAAGCUCGCCGCACAGGACCGUAGCAUGGUCAAGAACCAGGCACGCGUGCCGCGCAAGUUCCAGGAACGCACCUUGUCCCAGAUGGCCGAGCGAAUGCGCGAGAUUGGUGUCGACCCAAGCAGCGUCACUGCUCGUGCUGAAAUGCUCGCCAAGGCCAAGGGCCUCACCGGCAAGCGCAAGCGAUCCGGUGCCGAUGAUGACGACGAUGAAAAUAUGGACGAGGAUGACCAAGACGCUGACGAGGCUGCCUGGGAGGAUGACGAAGACAUGGACACUGAGGAGGCCGACACUAGUGCCUCGAGAAAAGCGCGCAAGAGCAACGUGGGUGGACGUCUACUUUCGUCGACCCAGGCGCCUGUCAAUCGUUCCGGUGGCCACGUUAGCGCGCGCGCAGGGCCAGCGCGUGUCUCGGCAUCCGAUCGACAGCUCGCCGGUCUCAAGAACUCGGAGCAGCUCGAAAAGGCAAGGAAGCUGCGCGAGCUGGCGCUUCGACCAGGAAACUGGCAUGCAAAGGCCGGAGAGUCGGAUCGUGUUAUCAAGGAGAAGAAGCCCAAGUGGCUCUUUGCGGGCAAGCGUGGCAAGGGUACUUCGAGGUCGCGUUAA